GCUUUGUCAUGCCUGCCAGUCGAAGCUGAACCGCUUUUCCUCGAGGAGAGACCCGCCGACCGGCGCAACUUGCGAGUGCUGCCCGCUCAGCUGCUCACCGUGCGACUUGCGCCCAAACCUUAAAUCGUAAGCCUAUCUUAAGAUCCUUGCUCGGAAGAGCGAUGCUUUGCAUUGGAACACCUUCAUCAGCACCUGCUCCACUCGGCUCGUUGGAAGGCGCACGAUCGGGCUUUGGAGCAGAAGCUUCCAACGGUCGUCGCCUUGGUCAGUAUCGUUUCUGUGGGAGCUCUUUCUAUUCCCGAAGAACCGUGCAGCUGCUCAGUCCGACACUUCGCACGUCGGAGGACGGAAGAACAGUAGAGCCUCGAGCCGUUUGGUUUCGCCAAGCGGUCUCUAAAACAAAGCACCCAUCAAAAAAGAGUUCCGGUGCGGCAUCAAGCUAUGUUCGAGCUGAGUUCGGGAACGUGCGAUCAAGGGUAAGUGAUGGCAGUGCUCGAUGGCAAGGGAACGUCAAGAGAGACAGUGAGCCGAGGGGAACAACAGCAGCGGCGCAGAGGACACGGCGCAUACGUGUAAUUAGUUCUGCACGAGGCGGGACGCUCACGGGCAAGCUCAGCGGUGCUUCCACGGCUCGGAUAGGAAUCGUGCUUGAGCAGCCUUGCCGCCUUCGGGAGCCGUGCAACACGGACAUGUGAGAGGUGGCUGACAAACGUCACCACCCUUUCAUGGUGCUUGGUUAGGGUCUGGUGCCCGCUUUGCUCGCAGAAUUUCCUGCCGUGGGUGUUGGGGACCGCGGGCC